GGUGUAUAUUUUCAGGAGAAGUGAUCCGACUUAAUUUUCAGGCCAAUUUUUCCUUUAUUAUUUGGCCCAUUUUCAAUAGCAAAUCAACUGUGUUAUUUUGUGGAGCAGGUGUAUAUUUUCAGGAGAAGUGAUCCGACUUAAUUUUCAGGCCAAUUUUUCCUUUAUUAUUUGGCCCAUUUUCAAUAACAAAUCAACUGUGUUAUUUUGUGGAGCAGAAAAAAUGUCGUAUGCUCCUGCAGUAAGUUUACACACAGAAAAUUUAAUUUGGAUUAAGGUUGUACAUUUGAUUUUUUAAAUUGUCUUAUUCUCAAUAUUAUUACCUUUAUUUUAAGUUGGUGAUGUCGGUCUUUGUGGCUGCUGGAGCCCUCCCACCCCAACCCACGGAAGCACUCCCACCCCAACCGCCAGCCCGCCAACCACAACCGGCUCCUCAUCAACCAAGGCAAUGGAGGCGUGCUAGGCCACCAAUUUUCCGCACCCGUGUCCUACUUUUUGGGAUGCCAGAUGAUGUUGUUGUGCGUAGAUACAGGCUGCCACCACAUCUAAUCCUAGACACUCUCUCCAUAAUAGAGAGUGAUCUGGAGUCUUCAAUUCGGUAUCCUACAGCAAUACCACCAUUGACACAAUUCCUUGCUGUGUUACAUUUUUUGGCCACAGGGUCAUUUCAGCAUGUUGUUGGAGACCUGGUUGGCAUGUCGCAGGGCCAGUUCAGUAAGGUCCUGCGGCGUGUCAGCCAGGCUUUCAUAAAGCGUGUGAAGCAAUUUAUUGCUAUGCCUCUGGAUGAUGGUGCCCUAGAUGUGGUGAAGCGGCAAUUUGAGGAAGGUGGUAGUCGCUUCCCACAUGUUAUUGGGGUUGUGGAUGGCACACAUGUAGCUAUUGUGCCACCAAGACAUAAUGAAGAAAUUUAUAGAAACAGGAAACUGUUUCAUUCUCUGAAUGUAAUGGUUGUUUGUGGGCCAUCCCUCCAGAUCCUUUCCCUGAAUGCCAAGUUUCCCGGAAACUCGCAUGAUGCUUAUGUCAUUAGACAAUCAGGGAUAUGGCACAGAUUAAGAUCAAGUCAACGAGCAGACAUGUGGUUAUUGGGAGACCGUGGAUAUCCUUGCACCCCCUGGCUCAUGACUCCUUACCGUAAUCCCAGGCCAGGACCACAGACGGAAUUUAACUCCGCGCUUACUGCCACUAGACAGCUGGUGGAGCGAACAAUUGGGGUCCUUAAAGGCCGUUUUCGUGUGCUCCACCGCACUGGUGGCGACAUCAUGUAUUCGCCGGAGAUGGCAAGUAAAAUAGUGGUCCUGUGCGCUAUACUACAUAACAUCGCGGUAAGGAGUAGCGUAGAGCUUCCUCAGACAGAGGAAUUGCCAGAUGAGGAGCCAGGGGUUGUCCGUCGAUUCGGUGGGGGGAGUGUUUCACGGAGGAGAAGCCAAGUCAGGGCAAGCAUUGUUGAAGAAUAUUUCAGCUGAAUUAUCACACAAAAUGUGGACGACCACAACGGCAAGCUGAUGCAGGGAGGCAACAUCAGGCCCCUUCUCAGCCCCCCUCCCCUUCUCAACCACCCUCCCCUUCUCACUCCCCCUCCCCUUCCCAGUCUCCCUCAGCUUCCCAGUCCACCUCAGCUUCCCAGUCCCCCUCAGCUUCCCAGUCCACCUCAGCUUCCCAGUCCCCCUCAGCUUCCCAGUCCCCCUCCCCUUUCCAGUCCCCUUCUCAGCCCACCUCUCCUCUUUCUGUGCCCCCUUCUCCUCCUUCCCAGUCCCCUUCUCCUUCUCCUUCCAACUCCCCUUCUCAGCCCCCCUCACCCUCUAUUGGACAAACAUUCUCUCCGCCCCCCUCGCCCUCUCAAUCAGACCCACCCUCAGAAAAUACAUCCCCAAUCCCUCCUCCUUCCCCCAUCUCUCCUCCUUCCCCAAUCCCUCCUCCUUCCCCCAUCCAGCCUCCUUCCCCCAUCCCUCCUCCUUCCCCAAUCCCUCCUCCUUCCCCCAUCCAGCUGCCUUCACCACCCAGUGAAUGGGCAGAAGAAGCCCCUGAUGGACUAAGUGGUGAUCAUCAUGUUGCAGAGGAAAAUGCUGCAGUUGGAGAUCCCAGCACUUUGCCAGCACUUUUAGGGCGGCUAAAAGCCCAUUUAAGGGAGGUUAUAGUCGAUAUAGAGGCA